AUGUCGGUUUAUCAGUGUGGCCAUAGGGGUUUCUCCUUCUUCCCAGAUGAAAAUGUCUUGUCUGAUGUUGUGAAAUCUAAUCUGGCCCCUCUGAGAUACUGCGAUGAUGCUAAUAACGUCACAGAGGUCUAUCCUUUCAACCCUAAUGGCUCUCCGCUUGGUAUUGCGGCCCUUUGCUCCCCUAAUGGAAGGCACCUUGCGCUGAUGCCACACCCGGAGCGUUCCUUUAUGAUGUGGCAAUACCCAUGGUAUCCCAAGGAGUGGCAGGUUGAGAAGAGUGGUCCCAGUCCUUGGUUGCGCAUGUUCCAGAAUGCAAGAGAAUGGUGUUCAUAG